AUGGGAUUGUCUGCCGCCGGAAACCACCACCGGCGACGGAGCUCGGUGCUGACAGGGACGGUUCGUGGACCCCAGCCGGGCCCCUCGGAACGGAGAGAUGACAGCCUGCGCCCACCUGGAGAUGGACAUCAUACCAAAUGGGAUGAACAAGAGCCUUUGACGGCGGAGGAUACAGAUGUGUCGGAACUAUCCUCCUCGGCCCUGGAUACUCGAGAGUUGGACGCGAUCAGUUCGGACGAGGACCAAUAUGACGAAGAGACCGGUCUCACAGCACAUCAGAAACGCCAGCGGCGGCGACGGCGUCGUCAACGUCGAAAGCUGGAUGCUCGCAUCGCAGAUGUCAAAUCUUCCCGAUAUGGAUUCCUCAAUCUAGGUCUUGCAGAUCGCAACGUCGCUCGCAAGUUACUUAUCAAUGCUGGAUUGAUCUUGCUGUGGUAUUUCUUUUCGUUGUCUAUUUCUAUCUACAACAAAUGGAUGUUUUCUGAAAACGACGUCGUCUUUCCCUUUCCCCUGUUUACCACCAGCUUGCACAUGGCGGUCCAGUUCUCCUUUGCCACUCUUUUACUCUGGAUAUUCCCCUCUCUACGCCCACGACAUCCGCCGCCAUCCGCGGCCGAUUCGCCUGUCAUGGAUGACUCGAAAGAAACUGAGCCGGUCCUCACCAAACUCUUUUACCUCACACGCCUUGUUCCCUGCGGUGUCGCAACCUCCUUGGAUAUUGGCCUGGGCAACAUGUCCCUCAAAUUUAUUUCUCUCACCUUUCUGACUAUGUGCAAAUCCUCUGCACUUGCCUUCGUUCUUCUCUUCGCUUUUCUUUUCCGUCUCGAAUCGCCCUCGUUCAAGUUGAUCGUAAUCAUCGCCACAAUGACGAUUGGUGUGGUGAUGAUGGUCGCGGGUGAAACCGCAUUCAAUGCGCUUGGCUUUGCGCUUGUCAUUGCCUCCGCUUUCUUUUCGGAUUCUCUUGCUCCGCCAUCCAGCUACAUCGAACCCUUUCUCUACACUUUUUUCCUCACGCCCGUCAUGUUCGUUUCCCUUAUUGCCAUCGCUCUCGCUGUUGAAGGCCCCAACGAAAUCCACCAGGGAUUUUUGAAUCUCGCCGAAAAACAAGGGACUCUCUUCGGAUCAGCGCUGCUAAUCUUCCCGGGUAUCCUCGCGUUCUGUAUGAUUUCGUCCGAGUUCGCCCUUCUCAAGCGCUCGUCCGUCGUCACGUUGAGUAUUUGUGGCAUAUUCAAAGAAGUUGUCACUAUUAGUGCUGCUGGUGUUGUCUUCCACGACACUCUCACUCCAGUCAAUAUCACCGGCCUUGUCGUCACUAUUGGCAGCAUCGGUGCUUACAAUUACAUGAAGAUCUCACGGAUGCGCAAUGAGGCUGAUGGAAAUUCCUGGGACCGUGAUGUUACCCCGGAAUCUGACACUGAGGGCGAGCCCAGUGGUGACGAUUCCGGAGAUUACCACCCUGUUGCGAAUCCACACACCACGGAACGUUUCGACGACGAUCUACAAGCAUCAUCUGCAGGCGACCAACGUCGUUCUUUCCGUGUCCGAGCCAGUGGCGCGAUGCACAAUCUCUCCAUCUCCACUACUAUCCCCGAGGACGAUGGCGCGGAUACACCCAUCAAAUCGGCGCCUCCCACCAUCACAACAAUGGCUGAGGCGGGGUUUUCUCACCUCCAGCCCGACCGGGAGGAUUCGCCAGAUGUCCAUUCCACUUCAUCCAUCUCCCCGGUCCGCCAUCACACUCCUGCCCUCCAUUAG